AUGUCGCGGCGAGGCACUUGGACCAUCUGCCCAAGUACGUACCAACCAGCAAAACUUUCAGUUGGAAAAGCGGCAACAAUUUUUGCGCGACAAAACCGAUUUGUCAUGUUCAAAUAUGAAGAUGAUGAUGAUGUAGACACAUUCAAUUUGGAUAUUUAUGCGCCAGUAUACCGAUUUGGACCAUCAGGUUCCAAGUUCGGCUACGCGGUCGCCCAACAUUUUCGCGGUGAGACACCAGUAAUGCUGAUCGGCGCGCCACGUGGCGAAUCCGGUCAAACGGGCACCGAAAGGGCCGGCGCGAUGUAUUCAUGCGACAUUAAUUCAUAUUAUAAUGCGGGAACACCCAAAUGGUGCGACCAAGUGAAAUUCGAAUACGAGAAUGCCGAAGACUAUUUCAAGCGACCCAACGAAACACGCGGACGAGCUGUGCAUCAUUUGGGCAAAAAUGACCAGUUGCUCGCUUCGACGAUUGUCUCGAAAGGAACGAAAAAUGGAAGUGCAUUGGUGUGUGCGCCUUUAAUACGAUAUCAUCAAACCGCAGCCUAUCCGCAAGGCGUUUGCUACGAGUUGGCGUCGAAUCUCGCCUUUACAUCGGCGUACUCGACGUGCGCUCAAAAGAAUCUGCCGACGACCGAUCGCCACAACGAAUACGGGUCGUGCAUGGAGGGAUUCUCGGCGGCGAUCGAUCGCGACACCAUCGUGACGGGACUCAUUGGCGCGGUGAAAUGGACGGGCGGCGUGUUCGCCAAAAAGACGAGCGCCAACAUUUUCGAUUCGGUCGUCGAGAAAUACACGAUGAAUCAGCCGGGCAAUCCGCACAGUGUGCGCAGUCGACUCGUCGCUCAUGACUAUCUCGGCUACUCGGUCGACAUUGGGCGAUUCGGCUUCUGGUAUGAAGACGGCAAACCGAUUACGGUGGUGUCGGGAGCGACGCGGUUCGGUGAGCACGGCGCCGUGCUCUUCCUGCCAUUCCAACAGAAUCCCGAUUCGUCGCUGACACUAACCGAAGACAAAUUCAUGCUCAAUGGUUCGGCAAUGGGCUCGGCGUUCGGCUAUUCGAUCGAAGUGGUUGAUCUCAACGCCGACGGCUUCGACGAUCUUCUCGUCGGCGCGCCAUUCGAACAUCGCACCGGAAUCGACGGACAAUUCGGCGGAAUCGUCUACGUCUACUUUUCGCAAGGUGUUCAGCGUCGAAAACACGAAUCGAAACUCGUGUUUCAUGCGCCGAAAAUUCUCAAACAUCCCGACUUCUUCUCGCAAUUCGGCAUUUCGAUUUGCAAAUUGGGCAACGUCGACGGCGAUCCGAUCGGCGUCAACGAUUUUGCCGUCGGCGCGCCGUUUGCGUUCGACGGCGCCGGCGCCGUCUACAUCUAUUUGGGCAACAAGAAUAUGAACAAAUUUCGACGAAAACCGGCGCAGAUUAUAAAAGGCAAUGAGUUGCCGAAUCUGCCGCCGACGGGAAUGCGCUCAUUCGGCUUCUCGCUUUCCGGCGGCGCCGAUCUUGACAACAACGGCUAUCCGGAUCUGCUCGUCGGCGCGCCUUCCAAAGACUUCGCCGCGUUGUUCCGCGCGAGACCCGUGAUUCGCAUCGAGACGCAACACCGAAUGCAGAAGAAGUAUGUGGACAUCGACAGCGGCUCGAAUUGCCCGCGCGGUUCAACGACGUGCUUCCCAUUGGACAUGAUCAUCUAUGUCGACGAGGAAACCAAAAAGGGCGCCGAGCUUGUCGACUUCUCUUCCGACGUCUUCUUGUGUAAUCUUGAAGCGAUUCCACAUCAUGUUGGCGGCGCGACACGUGGAUUCAUCGAAGGAAGCCAUUCGCAUAAUCACACGUGGCCUUGUGGAAGCAACUCGCAUAAACAGAAGAGGACUUAUAGCCAAUUGAUCUAUCUGCCGACGCAAGAAUCCAAGGAUUGGAUCACACCAUUGAAGUUCCGGUUCAGUGUGAGCAUUCGAAAUGAGAAGAAGCCGAUUCAGCCGGGCGAGGGAAGUUCGCUCGUCGACCUCAAACAGUAUCCGGUGCUUAACAAAUACGGAGCGAGUUAUGAGUUCGAGGUGACGUUCAACACAUUGUGCGGUGAUGAUCACACAUGUCAGACCGAUUUGGUGUUGAAGGCGACAUUCAAGGAUAUCCCAAAGACCAGCCAUGGGUAUGUGUCAAAUGUCGGCGAGACCGACCAUUUGGACAUGACGUUUUCCGUCGAGAAUCGCAAUGAGAAGGCGUACCAAGCCUCGUUCUACUUGGAGUUUAACAAUGAGGAGCUUGAGCUGCCGCAGCUCACCGGAAGCCGACGACUCGGAAUUCAUACGAUCGGCAAGAAUACGAUAUUCAUCGAUUUGGGCAAUCCGAUGGAGACCGGCAUGAAGCACAACUUUGAGAUUCGAUUCAAAUUGACGCGCGGACGAACCGAAGGAAUCGGACGGGCUCUCGAAUUCUACGCCAAAGUCAACUCGACAUCGGAAGAAGCGAAUCUCGACGACAAUGAGUGGAAGUCGGAAGUUCAAGUGAUCAAGAAGGCCGAGCUCGAACUUGUCGGUGCUAGUGAUCCGAAGACGGUGCAUUUCGGCGGUGUCGCAGUCGCCGAAUCGGACAUUGUCGAUGAGGAGCACAUUGGGCCAAUCAUCCGACACAACUACACAAUUCAUAAUAAGGGACCAUGGACGGUGAGGAAUGUGGUCGCCAAGUUUGAUUGGCCCUAUCAAGUGCCAUCGAGGUUCGGUCGCGGCGAAUGGGCUUUGUAUCUUCUCGACAUGCCAAUGAUCACCACGUACAACACCGACGGCACGAAGGAUGUCCGCAGGUGUUCAAUUGAAAGGGCUUACCUCUAUGUGAAUCCGUCGGACAUUCGAAAAGACACGCGAGGAAGCACACAAGAGACGAAGGUGCCGAUGGGCGAGGAGGAUGGUCCAUUGAAAAAACGAAUGAAGCGGUCCGUCGAGGUGUCGAAGGCGGGCUUGUUCCGCGUCGCGCCACAUAUUCGCCAAGAGAAUGGAAUUGACGUCAAAGUUGUUUCGUUGAGUUGCACCGACGGCACCGCCAAAUGCUUCACCGUCACGUGCCAUUUCGACUUCAUCGACGCCAAUUCGGCGCCGAUCAUCGAUUUCCGCUCGAGAUUAUGGAAUACAACGUUUAUUCAGGAUUAUUCGGAUGUCGAAUUUGUCGAGAUCAGCUCGUUUGGUCGAUUGGAAUUGGAUCCGUCGCAAGGAAUUGACGACGAUCCGUCGAAUAACGCGGUGUCGGUGAAAACUCAAGCGUAUCCCGACAAGCCGGCGAUUGGCGAAACGCGACCCGUCGAUUGGUGGAUAUACGCGCUCGCCGUCGCCGCCGGCCUCCUAAUUCUUCUUCUCAUCGCGCUUUGCCUCUGGAAAUGCGGAUUCUUCAAACGCAACAAACUCGAUCAGCCGUCGCUUCACACCGCCCAACUUAGACAUGAGCGCGAACAAUGGCAAGACACGUCGUUCUAG